GACAAAGAAAGUAAAAGCAAAGGGAAGUAACAGGGAAGGUGAAGUUAAAAGAAGAGCUUAAGAUUAGAGGAUAGUUAGAAAGGGAGAACACAUAUGACCCAAAGGAGAGCGGAAGGAAAAUGAGAGAUUUUGAGGUCAUAAAAUAAUCAAAGUAGGGACAGUUUACGAGAGAGAGUAUCACAGAGUCAAAUGGAAGGAAGCAAGGAAAAUAACAGAUCAGAGAUGGCAGAAAGAAGAAAUGAAGCAUCUAAACAAUGACUGGAAAAGAAGAGAGGAGAAAACGGGAAGCUGGGAAAAGUGGAAACAGUUGAUUGAAGGAGGAGGCAUGAAAAGAAAGAUACCGAAUGACAAGUGUCGAAUGUUCUGAAGAGGGGAGGCAGGCUGAAUGCGAGAGACAAGCUCAGAGAGGGAGAAAGAACCAAAGUGGUUCAAGAAAAGAAAUUUGUUUAACAAAAAUCAAGGAUGGGAGAGAAAGGGGUGAUGAAGAGCAGGAGGAAACUUUAGCUGCAUUAACUGAAUCUGACAAAGGGAAAAAGGGCAGAUUUUAAGUGUGGGAAGCCCUGAAAGAGGAGGAGAGAAAGACAGAAGAGGGAGUGGAGAGGGAACCGAGGGGGAGAAGAGAGGAGGAGAGGCAGAGCUGGAAAACAGUGUGUGACAGAAGAAGAGAGAGCAGAUAUGAGAAGGAGUGAGGAGACCUGAGAAAAGAACCUAAUUCAGCAUUGUGUUUCCAGCCAGCCUCUCACACUGCUGUGAAACCCUCUUGAGCUGCGCUGCUGCUGCAUGACUGAACGCUAUCAGUCCCGAGCAGGCAGCACACACACACACACACACACACACACACACACACACACACACACACACACACGCACACACACAAAUGGAUAUGACUCGUCCGCUGAGGUGGUUUGGUGUGGUGGACUUGGAGUGACAGUUGGGAAUAACUGGUUUCUUCGUCCUGUCAGUGUUGUAUGAAGAUGCGGUGACAGCAGCUGGAACUGAGCCCUGACAGCUAUACAGCUUGGACGUCUCCAAAACAGACAAAACAGGUAACAACAAAGAUGUCAGUGAAGCUGCGAUUUGACUCUCCCUCAGAUGGAGGCCUGAUCCACAGAAGCCGCUCCUUCACUGGAUUCUCUUCUCUGACUGGUCGACGGAGGACGUCUUCUGUUCGUAACUCUCUUCGCGUCAAAGCCAUGACGGGAAAUAAAGCCAGCAGGGCGCCCGUCUCCCCCCGCAGAAGUUCAGGCGCUAUCUGGUCUCUGCAGCCGGAGCAGGUCGGCAGGGUUUUUCAGGCACUACGCAAAGGACUCAAGGACUACCUGGAGGGUCACCAAGCUGAGAUGGACUUCCUGUCUUCACAGCAGAGAGAGACGAAAAGAAACUCGAGACUGGCCUUUCUUUACGAUCUGGAGAAGGAGAUCAGGUCUUUGGAGAGAUAUAUACGACGAUUAGAAUUUCAAAUCAGUAAGGUAGAGGAGCUGUAUGAGACAUAUUGUAUUCAGUGGAGAUUGUGUCAGGGAGCGGUCAACAUGAAGAGAGCCUUUUCACUGUCCCAGUCCACCAGAGCCUCCAGAGAGAGUCUGCUGGAGCUCAACCGCAACCACAGACACAGCCUGCAGGACAUGUCAACAAUGGAAGGAGAGUUAGAAAUCCUGCUAGGAGAGCUACACAUUAAAAUGAAGGGUCUCAUCGGCUUCGCUCGACUUUGUCCAGGAGACCAGUACGAGGUGUUAGUACGACUGGGCCGCCAGCGAUGGAAGAUCAGAGGGAGGAUUGAAUCAGAUGAUAGUCAGUCAUGGGAUGAGGAGGAGAUGGUCUUCCUCCCACACAUUCACCACAACUUUGAGAUAAAGGUGACGGAAGCAAAGGGUUUGAGCUGGCUGCUGGUUGGCAUGGUAACGUGUGCAAGCGCAGACUUCUUUGUGGCAAGGCCUCAGGUGAUGUUGGUGGACAUCACGGAGUUGGGAACCAUCAAACUGCAGCUGGAAGUGACCUGGAAUCCAUUUGACGGCACUGAGAAGCUGAGGCCGCUGUCUGGAAACAAGCAGUCAGUGUCCAGCAGAAAGAGUUCAGUGUACAGCUGGACGGCACCGAGCACCCCCUCCUUCACUGAGAAAUACUUUAUUUCUAUGGUGCGUGAGCUGCGGGAUCAGGAAGGUUCUCUUCCAUCUCUGGUGCCCAAAAGUCAUCCCAACAGAGGAGGAAUGUCUCUGCUCAGCUACCUCUCCAACCCUUCAAACACCUCUAUCGCAUCAAGCCACAGUCCUCAGAGCCCAUACACCCCGAGUCUCUCAAGGGCUCACAGCUACCCUUUCAGCCCGAGUCGAGACACCAGUCUGGGAGGAAGUCGGACUCAGCUGUCACUCGGAGAGGAAGAAUCCCUGGAGAUCUCAACAGAGGAGUCGGAGACAAAGAAGAGGGUGGACAAGAAGGUAGACGAGGAGAAGGAGGAAUGGGGAGUUGUGUUAGAGAGUCCAUCCUUACCAGAAGAAAGUAAAACAGACUCCCUUAUGACCUUACAGAGGUCGAGCACUCCAGACAUCCUGAGAAAGAACACAUGUGGAGAAGCAGAGCCUGAGACCCACAGCGUAGCCCCAAGUCAGGACACAGUCACUGGGCAGGACUCCACAGAUUGUGAGGAAUACUCUGUCACAGCCUUGCCAACACCACCUUCUCAAACCCCAGCUGCACCACAAACCUCCCCUGCAGCAGCUGCUCCGAGGCUGGCUGUGAGCGGGGUCCAACGUCAUGCCCAGGCGCUCAGACUGGGAGCCAUUAUUGCAGAGCUGGAGAAAAUAUUACAGGAUCAGAGCUGUGCUGACAAGGAGCUGAGAGCAUUGGAGCACCAGAUACUGCAUCUAGCCACCAUACUGAAGAACGACCUAUCACUGCUGAGAAGCUCAUCAUCAGAGGAGACUCUGGCUGUUGAGGAGGUGCUGGGUAGCUUUGACUUUCUGUCAAACGACCUGAACGGAGAUGAUGACGCCUCUUGUUUGGGAAGCCUGAGACUGAAGGACAGUGGCAUCAGUUCUUUCCAGCAGAGCACGCUGAGGAGUCAUGGAAUUCUCUCUCAAGGCAGCCACUCGGCUUCUGAGGAAGAGCUAGUCAUCACUCCUCUGACCUCUGGAAACUGGGGUCUUGAUCAAGCUCUGGAGACUCACCUGGAUAUCUGUUGCAUCCUGCUGCAGAUGAUAAGAACAACCGACUUCACCCCGUCUAGAAGGGAGCUGCUGGAGGAAAUGUCUCUCCAGGCUGAGGUCCUGGACAGAAUCAGCUGUCUGCUGCUGGAGAAGAAUGACAACAUCUCUACACGAGACAUCCUUCCUAAGGCCCAGAGAACGAGGGGUCUGCUGUUGUUCUGGGAGGAGUGUGUGCACGACAACAGCUCUCCUUUCUGCUGCCACAUCGACAGCUUCACAAAGACACUGAAGAAGCGUUACACACACAAGGUGAAGGCCAAGCAGCCCGGCCAAUCAGAGAAAGUGUUUUCUCAGCUCCUGCAGCAGGUUCAGGCGGCCUGCCGGGUGGUGCCCAGCUCUCGGUCAGCCUGCAGCCCGGAGAGAGUCACCCUCUUCCAGCUGUCAGUCUACCUGAAGCGCUGGAAUUUCCAGGAGCUUGGAGAGCACAUCUCCCGCCUCUCAAAAGAAGAGUACAUCCUCUCAGCCCUGAGUAGCCCCAAACGGCGGCAGGCUUUAAAUAAGCUGAGGCGCCGGAAGAUCACAGAGCUACUUCCACUGGGAUGCACCCUGCAGACUCUCGCCUCCCUGCAGAUCGACUCCAACCACAAAGUCUGCAAAGCUGCCACCAACUGCAUCUCCAGAGCUGCUGGUUGCAAGGCCUUCAGGAACAAGGCGGUGCUUUACUACACAGAAAGUCUGAAAAGCAUUGAUAUUAAAAUCCAGCAGAGCUCCUGUUUGGCUCUCAAAUGCCUCCGGGCGACAGAGAGUGUGGACCACAUAGCAGAUUUAUGGAGAUCAACAGAUGAAGAUCUGCGUAGUGCUGCCAGAGAAACUGUCCUCUCCUUUGGUAAAAAGGGAUACCAGGCCUACCAGAGGAUGGACCAGCUAGACACUGAGAUGCAGGAUGAGGCUUACCAGAACCAAGAGACUGAGAUUACGAUUUUAUAGGAAACAGAUCUGGAUCAAAGAAUAGGCACAAAUGUUGUAAUGAUGCUGGCCAAGAGACUAAAACCAAGCCUAUGUCAAAAUGGAGAAAGUUUACAAACCUGUCAGGACGUCGCACCUUCUGGGAAAACAUAAUUUUCUUUUAAGAAUCUGUGGUGCGUGUGCUACGAGAUCUUCCUCAACAACUGCAGAGGAAGAUCUCAUGAUGGAGACUUCAGCUUUCCCUGGAUGGAUCAUUCACUCACUGAUGUUGAUUAAUGACUUCUUAUUUCUCCUGUAUUGUUUUACUCAGAAUUUGAAUUUAUUUUUGUUAGAUAUGUAGAGUUUUUCUUAAAGAAGACGUCAGCUGUAGUCUGACUUUUUUCUAGUGCUGGGAGUUAUUUCACCAACCAGUCGAUAUGACUGUCUUAUUGGGACAUGAAGGAUAAAUAUAAUAUUAUUUUACAUAAUCUUGUAUGUGUGUGUGUGUGUGUGUGUGUGUGUGUGUGUGUGUGUGUGUGUGUGUGUGUGUGUGUGUGUGUGUGUGUGUGUUUAUAGCAAUAAUCAGCUACAAUAAAACAAAAAAAAAAAUCACAUGAAUAUUAAACCCUGGCAGAUUAAUGAAAUCCACAUUAACAGCCUCUCCUGCCUGUGAGAGCUGUGUCUUGAAUUAAUUUUAAACAAGAGGAGUCUACAAAUCAAGUUAUGUCACACUACUCAUUUUUCUAAUCAUUUUUAAGGCUUAAUUGAGAAAAAAAAUCAAAUAUAUCUGAAAAAAAAUGCAAUCUUCCAGGUUUUAUAUUCAGAAUAAUUCCUUUUUUAGAUAUUUUCACAUGCAAACCUGUGGACCUUUUCAUUUUCACAGGCGAAGCAUGACUUUUCUAUCAAAAUCCCAACAAGGACGGAUGUUUGUUUGGGUUUUUUUUUUUUUCAUACUA